UUUUACAACGAAUUCAGUAAUAACAAAUAAGGGACUCAUCCUUAUCAAUUAUUGCAGGGGGCUUUCUAUCCAUGCGUCAACGCCCAUACUUCCAAGUGGGCCCCUCCCCUGGAGAAAAGCAGGAUAUUCUCGUUUGUGUUCAUAGGCACACAAUUCGGUACCUUUCUCACAAUGCCCAUAGCCGGGUACCUGGCCGCCAGUCCGUGGGGUUGGCCCAGUAUCUUCUACUGUACCGGACUGUGCGGUGUAUUGUGGUCUGUGGCCUGGCUGUUUGUAGGCGCCGACUCUCCGGACUGCCACCCCACCAUCAGCGACGGAGAGCGUUACUAUAUAGUUUCUUCACUAUCACAAGUUUCUACUGAAAAUAGUCACUUUACGACUCCAUGGAAGUCUAUUAUGACGUCAGUACCUGUUUUGGCUCUUAUCACCGUGCAUUUCUGCCAGAACUGGGGCUACUGGAUGCUUCUCACACAGCUACCAAACUACCUAAGUCACGUUCUUCGUUUUGACUUGAAAAGUAAUGGCCUCAUAUCUUCUCUUCCUUACUUGAUCAUGUGUCUACUGACUUUUGUAUUUUCCUGGGCUGCAGACUACAUCAACGCCAGACGUAUCCUGCCACUUAGCGCAUCCAGGAAGAUAUGGAACAGUUUAGCUCACUGCGGAGGUGCGGCUGCUCUUGUGGGAAUGUCGUUCAUCUCCAGCAGUGUCACUGGAGCUGUAGUUCUUCUCACCACAUCGGUGUCCCUAGGAGCUGGCAUCUAUAUGGGGUACCUGGCAACCGCCCUUGAUCUUUCCCCAAACUUCUCAGGUGUUCUUAUGGGUAUCGUCAACUGUCUGGGCAACAUUUCAUCUUUCCUCGCUCCGAUGGUUACUGGUUUCAUAGUUAAAGACGAGGCCAGUAGAGACGAGUGGAUGAUUGCUUUUUACAUCUCCGCAGGUAUAUUCUUCGUGGGAAACUUGAUCUUUAUAGUAUUCGGAUCUUCUGAUGUUCAGCCCUGGAACAAUCCUCUUCAUGUAAAAACAUAAUGAGAGCAUCCAUAAUUAAAAUGUAGGACGUAAACUAACUACGCCUAUUAUAUUG